AUGGACAUCUUCUCCAUCGGGACUCCAGGUUCUAUCGAGAUUGUGGAGAAAGCCCGUCCCGAUAAUCCAAGGCAUACUCCUGCGCGCUGCACGGAUCGCACGAGGCUCAGGGGAAACGCCCGUUGGGAAGACGGACGGAUGCUUUCUGGGCGCCUGUGGGGCCUCACCCUGCCGCACACGGUCAUCGCGGGCGAAGCUGCCUCGCCGGCGCUUGAGCGCUGA